AUGGCCGGCGCGUGCGACGUUUCGUCUUACGUGAAGUCUCUACGACGACCUGGAACGAAAAGCAUCUUUAUCAGCGCUUUAUUUAAAUAAUUUACUGUAUAAAUCUUUCUAUUCCAUUUAUAAGAUAUUCAUGAACUUCACGCUAAAACUAUUUCACAUGUGAUAGAGACUGGGUGUAUGCUGCGACAUAAAUGCUUAAAUUGUUUGUAUUUGAAAGAUGUGGACCGAUUUCAAAAUUUCUUACACCUACGGGUAGCUACUUUAUACAGGGUGAGCAUAGGCUAUAAUUUACGGGUGUAAAGUCACGGGAAAAUAGCUUUUAAUAUUAUAAAGUGGAAAGAUAUUUGAUAAUUUGUCUUUUCUGCAUUAAAUAGGCUCCGAAACUAUUGGAGUAAUAUUAAAAAUUAUUUUACCUACAGGAAGCUACAUCAUACGCGGUGGACAGAAGCUUUGAUUCACUCAUAAACGGUGAUAGUAAGAAAGUUGGGAUUAGAUAAUUGUGUUGGGUACACGUGGUUUUUGUGUUCGUUUCCGGUACGGAUAGCCUUUUGUGUUGAUAUUGGUGCUCAGAUAGUAGUAAUACUCACGCUGGUGGAGUUCUUGCGGGCGGGCACGGGGGGCGGGGGGCCCCUGCCCGCGCGGGAGGGGGGCGCGGGCGGCGCCACCGCCGUGACGUCAUCGGCGCUCCUGCCAUCCACCGCCGAGGAACAACUAGCGCGCGCCUCGUCCACACUACACGACACAUUACCACUACCAUCUCCUCACAACAGAUCGCGUUGUAUUAUAUAUGCCAUCACAGCACUGUGUCGAGAGUGUCGAGGUCACCUGUGUCGUGUGGCGGCGGAGUGUGCGGACAUCACAGCACUGUGUCGAGAGUGUCGAGGUCACCUGUGUCGUGUGGUGGCGGAGUGUGGCGGAGUGUGCGGACAUCACAGCACUGUAUCGAGAGUGUCGAGGUCACCUGUGUCGUGUGGUGGCGGAGUGUGGCGGAGUGUGCGGACAUCACAGCACUGUGUCGAGAGUGUCGAGGUCACCUGUGUCGUGUGGUGGCGGAGUGUGGCGGAGUGUGCGGACAUCACAGCACUGUGUCGAGAGUGUCGAGGUCACCUGUGUCGUGUGGUGGCGGAGUGUGGCGGAGUGUGCGGACAUCACAGCACUGUGUCGAGAGUGUCGAGGUCACCUGUGUCGUGUGGUGGCGGAGUGUGGCGGAGUGUGCGGACAUCACAGCACUGUGUCGAGAGUGUCGAGGUCACCUGUGUCGUGUGGUGGCGGAGUGUGGCGGAGUGUGCGGACAUCACAGCACUGUGUCGAGAGUGUCGAGGUCACCUGUGUCGUGUGGUGGCGGAGUGUGGCGGAGUGUGCGGACAUCACAGCACUGUGUCCAGAGUGUCGAGGUCACCUGUGUCGUGUGGUGGCGGAGUGUGGCGGAGUGUGCGGACAUCACAGCACUGUGUCCAGAGUGUCGAGGUCACCUGUGUCGUGUGGUGGCGGAGUGUGGCGGAGUGUGCGGACAUCACAGCACUGUGUCCAGAGUGUCGUCACAGCGCGGUGUCGAGUGUCGAGGUCACCUGUGUCGUGUGGUGGCGGAGUGUGGCGGAGUGUGCGGACAUCACAGCACUGUGUCCAGAGUGUCGAGGUCACCUGUGUCGUGUGGUGGCGGAGUGUGGCGGAGUGUGCGGACAUCACAGCACUGUGUCCAGAGUGUCGAGGUCACCUGUGUCGUGUGGUGGCGGAGUGUGGCGGAGUGUGCGGACAUCACAGCACUGUGUCCAGAGUGUCGAGGUCACCUGUGUCGUGUGGUGGCGGAGUGUGGCGGAGUGUGCGGACAUCACAGCACUGUGUCCAGAGUGUCGAGGUCACCUGUGUCGUGUGGUGGCGGAGUGUGGCGGAGUGUGCGGACAUCACAGCACUGUGUCCAGAGUGUCGAGGUCACCUGUGUCGUGUGGUGGCGGAGUGUGGCGGAGUGUGCGGACAUCACAGCACUGUGUCCAGAGUGUCGAGGUCACCUGUGUCGUGUGGUGGCGGAGUGUGGCGGAGUGUGCGGACAUCACAGCACUGUGUCCAGAGUGUCGAGGUCACCUGUGUCGUGUGGUGGCGGAGUGUGGCGGAGUGUGCGGACAUCACAGCACUGUGUCCAGAGUGUCGAGGGAGCGCACGAGGGCGGGGUCGCGCAGGCACCACCGCGACAGCUCCUCCAGCGUCACCACGCCGUCAGAGUUUGUGUCGAUCAACUGCAAAUACAUUAAGCCGCAUAUACAUUACAAAACACAAAUAUGCAGCUUGACAUUAGUUUCAUUUUAUUAAUUUAGCAAACAGUGUCACGUGUAGACAUUCACUUCCUUUAUGCACGUGUUAGUUUCACAAUACUCUAGUAGUUUCAUGUGAUGCGUAAAACUUUGAUGGCAGACAAUUUCAGUGGGCUCAUUUCAUUAAUCUAUAAAAAUAUAAGUAUUGCUCUUCAGAUGACUCACAUGGAAUAUCCUAUCGACGUGA